UUUCCUUUAGAAGCAGCCCCCACAAACACCAUCCCACCCAAUCACAACCCAACACCGUUUAACCUCUCUUACUAUUCUACUAUGUUUUUGCUCUGUUCCUGUUCAUCUCUCUCUCUCUCCCCUACGACAUAAGUACAAAUUACUGGCAUACCUAUAUGGAUUCAUUUCCUUACUCUUCGAAUUCUCUUUGAAAUUUCCUUCUCUUUUGCUUUAGCGUCCAACAAAACGAAGAACCAACUUUUUCCACUCUUUCCUCUCUAAUUCCUCACAAUUUCUCCAUUUUAUCUGUUUCUCUCAAUUGGGUUCCUCCUCCUCUUAAACAAUUUUGAUUGUUUUUGCAGUUCACUUUCUCAAACAUUUCUUUUCGUCGGUCUUUUGAGUCUCACUUUUUGAUGUCUUCAAGUUAUUACUCUUCUGUUCUUCGAAAGGUUUUUUCUCAUUCUUAGUUUUUAUGUUGUUUUGGAUCUAAAACAGUGUCAAAGGUGUUUCAUUGAGAAGCAAGAUCUGGUUGUUUCUAUUGUUUCUUGAAUUCUACUUGGGUUUAGGAAAGUUGGGUCUUUCUUAGGUUCCUUAUCUCAUGCUUAUGUCAAAAAAAGUUUCAGAUUCCCUUCAAAUGCUUCUUGAUUUAAUGCCUUUUUGGUCAUAGAAACCUCCACUUCUCUGCAUUUCCUCUCUGGGAUUCUCCUUCAAUGAAAAUUAUGAAUUAUAUCACGCCCUUCUAGUUAUGCCCUCCAACUGUACACUGUAAUUACUAUUCAGAAACAAUGAAUCAAGGAAUGGAAGUUCUCCCUCCAUCAUCAUAUCUUUGGAAUUCAAAUUGGCCGUUCGAAGAAACCAAGAAGACGAAAUGGACACCGGAAGAGAACAAGCAGUUCGAGAGGGCUCUUGCAUUAUUCGAUCCGGAUACUCCGGAUAGAUGGUAUAAGGUUGCAGCCAUGAUCCCCGGCAAGACCGAGAGGGAUGUGUUUGAGCAGUACAAGGAAUUGGAAGAAGAUAUUAAUGACAUAGAGGCAGGGUUGAUACCAAUACCUGGAUACACAACUAGUUCUUUCACAUUGGAGUGGGUGAACGAUCAAGGCUUUGAUGGAUUGAAACGGUUCUACAGUCCUGGUGGAAAGAGGGGCUCAUCUGCCCGGCCUCCGGAUCACGAAAGACGAAAAGGUGUGCCAUGGACAGAGGAAGAGCACAGGCAGUUCCUGAUGGGUCUUAAAAAGUAUGGUAAAGGGGACUGGAGAAAUAUUUCUCGCAAGUUCGUGACUACUAGGACCCCAACUCAGGUUGCUAGUCAUGCUCAGAAGUACUUCAUCAGGCAGCUUUCGGGUGGAAAGGAUAAGAGGAGGUCCAGCAUCCAUGAUAUCACGACUGUCAAUUUUACUGAAACUAAAUCACCUUCACAAGAUGAUAAUCGACGUCCUCCACCAAAUCACUCUAUCACAGUUAAGCAGCCACAGCAGCACUUGGAUAUGAAUGGCAUAACCAAAACACUAUAUGACUGGAAUGCACCAAAUGAAGGAGCCUCUAUGGCUUUCAACCUGCCAAAUACCAGGCUGAUCCUGGCACCUCAUCGUGGAACUUCUUCAUAUGGACUUAAGCUUCAGGAGCAAAAUAUGCAGAGAGGAACUCUUCAUGGACCCCCUCUUCAUGGACCCCAAUUUGGACCGUAUAAUUUUUCAGAUGCAAUCCACACUGUCUAGGAUAAUUGAAGCAGAGAUCUGGAGGUACUGGAAGGUAAAAUUUAUCUGUGACAUUGGAUGUCUUUGUCCCUGCUCUAUAAUAGUCUUGUGUGAAUAUGUUGAUGAAGACUUUAUUUGAUAUGAUUGGACUAUAAAUAAAUUACUUCACUUCAUGGUUUUAUGUUCAUACUGUAGGCCAUGAACCAGAAAGGAAUGCUAAUAUAGGUGAAAUUUGAGGUGUUUCUCACCUCAAUGUUUUGUUGUGUCAUACAUGUUUUGGGAAUUAGUAAGAACCAGAAGAUAUUUACAGAUUAAAUUUGUAUGUGUUGAUAA